UGGCAUUUUCAUUUCUCCUACUUUUCGUACAUCCAUUUACCAUCGUCUCAUCAUAAUCCUCCAUUUUCUCAUUUCCUUCACAAACAAUUCAUCUCUUCUGACAAAAACUUAAAAAUUGUAGAGAGAGAAAUAUAUAGUUUAAAAGAAAAAGAAAAACAAUCAAUCAUUAAACAGUACGAGGAUGGGAGGAGAUUCCGACCGGCCGUCCUCCGGCGUGAAAUUCGCACGGCGCACCAACAGCGGGCGCGUGAUGAGCAUGUCCCGCGAUGAGGAGCUCGACAUCCCCGACACCCAAAACGAGUACAACAACAAGUACACGGUCAUGAUGCCGGCCACCCCAGACAAUAUGCCCGGAGCCUCCUCCGCCGCCGGCGACAAGCCCGACGGGCCCUCCACGGGCGCGAGAUUCCGCUCGGACCGCGGGCGGCAGGGGGGCGAGGGAGAGUCCGGCCGGAAGGUGGAGCGUAGGGUGUCGUCGGCGUUCAAGGACAAUAGCAACAACAAAUCGAUGUUCCUGAGGAGCCAGACGCAGGAUUUCGACCACAACCAUUGGCUUUUCGAGACCAAGGGGAAAUACGGUAUCGGAAAUGCUUACUGGGAAGAAGGUGAAUCCUUUGAUCAUGAGACCGGGAUGAGCAUGCAGGAUUUCAUGGACAAGCCAUGGAAACCUCUUACUAGAAAGAUCAAUGUGCCGCCGGAGGUCAUCAGCCCUUACCGAGUUCUGAUCGUGAUCAGGAUGAUAAUACUGCUCCUUUUCCUCAUAUGGCGAGUCGAAAACCCUAACUACGACGCUCUGUGGCUAUGGGCCUUGUCCAUUAUAUGUGAGAUAUGGUUUGCGUUUUCAUGGCUGCUUGACAUUCUUCCUAAAUUCAAUCCCAUAAACCGCUCAGCAGACUUGUCUGCAUUGAAAGAAAAAUUUGAAACAACUAGUCCGGCCAAUCCUGACGGUCGAUCUGAUCUUCCCGGCCUCGACGUCUUCAUUUCAACGGCUGAUCCUGAGAAGGAACCUCCUCUUGUCACAGCCAACACGAUCUUGUCGAUUCUUGCAGUCGAAUACCCCAUCGAGAAGCUGUCAAUAUACAUUUCAGAUGAUGGUGGUGCCAUUCUCACAUUUGAGGCUAUGGCUGAAGCUGUCAAAUUUGGAGAGUUGUGGGUGCCCUUUUGCCGGAAGCACAACAUCGAGCCAAGAAAUCCAGACAGCUAUUUCAACCAGAAAACAGACCCAACAAAAGGCAAGAAGCGACCCGAUUUUGUCAAGGACCGGCGUUGGAUCAAGCGAGAAUACGACGAGUUCAAGGUGCGGAUCAACGGGCUACCCGACGUCAUCAAGAAACGGUGCGAUUCGUACAACAAAGCUGAGACUGCGAAAGAAAAGAACCUGGUCCGAGAGAAGAACAACGGCAUCAUUCCUCCCGACUACAAGAUCGAAGUCCCUCAAGCCACAUGGAUGGCUGACGGAACUCAUUGGCCGGGGACCUGGUUCAGCACGGCCCCCGACCACGCCAAGGGAGACCAUGCCGGAAUCUUGCAGAUAAUGAGCAAGGUGCCCGCAAGCGAUCCUGUGAUGGGAGAGGCGGACGAGAAGACUCUGGACUUCACGGGCAUUGACAUAAGGCUUCCGAUGUUUGCUUACGUGUCUCGUGAAAAGCGGAAGUCGUACGAUCACAACAAGAAGGCGGGAGCCAUGAAUGCUCUUGUUAGAGCUUCUGCGAUCUUGUCGAAUGGGCCGUUUAUCUUGAACUUGGAUUGCGAUCACUAUGUGUACAACUGCAUGGCGCUUAGGGAAGGCAUGUGUUACAUGAUGGAUCGAGGCGGUGAUCGGAUUUGCUACAUACAGUUCCCCCAGAGAUUCGAGGGGAUCGAUCCUUCCGACCGAUAUGCUAAUCACAACACUGUCUUCUUCGAUGGAAAUAUGAGAGCCCUGGAUGGUCUCCAGGGUCCAGUUUACGUGGGAACUGGAUGCAUGUUCCGGCGCUACGCCCUCUAUGGUUUUCCUCCACCACGAGCAAUUGAAUAUAAAGGCGUUUUCGGACAUAAAAAGAGCCUAGCUAGGACUGCCCACCCUGCCAACACCGACGACGAGCAGCCGCUCACUGACCAUCCAGACCUCAACCUUCCUAAAAAGUUUGGAAAUUCAGCCAUGUUCAAUGAAUCCAUAGCUGUUGCUGAGUAUCAAGGACGUCCCCUUGCAGACCACUUCACCGUCAAGAAUGGAAGGCCCCCCGGUGCCCUCAUCGGCGCUCGCCCCGCCAUCGACGCCCCCACUGCGGCUGAGGCCAUCGCUGUCAUUUCAUGCUGGUUUGAGGAUAACACAGAGUGGGGAGACAGAAUCGGGUGGAUCUACGGAUCAGUGACGGAGGACGUGGUGACCGGCUACCGGAUGCACAACCGCGGGUGGCGGUCCGUGUACUGCAUCACCAAGCGCGACGCCUUCAGGGGCACGGCGCCCAUCAACCUCACAGACCGUCUCCACCAGGUCCUCCGGUGGGCGACCGGGUCCGUGGAGAUCUUUUUCUCCAAGAACAAUGCCAUCCUGGCCACGUCGCGCCUCAAGUUCCUGCAGCGGAUUGCGUACUUGAACGUGGGCAUCUACCCCUUCACCUCCAUCUUCCUAGUGGUCUACUGCAUCCUCCCCGCCCUCUGCCUCUUCAGCGGCCAGUUCAUCGUCAAAUCCCUAGACGUCUCAUUCCUUUCCUACCUCCUCAUCAUCACUCUCUGCCUUGUCUUCAUCUCCCUCCUCGAGGUCAAGUGGUCCGGAAUCGCCCUCGAGGAGUGGUGGCGGAACGAGCAGUUCUGGGUGAUUGGGGGCAGUAGCGCCCACCUCAUCGCCGUCGUGCAGGGCCUGCUCAAAGUCAUUGCCGGGAUCGAGAUCUCCUUCACCCUAACUUCGAAAGCUGCGGGUGAAGACGAAGAUGAUAUAUAUGCAGAUCUGUACGUGGUGAAGUGGACUGGGCUGUUUAUCGUGCCGCUCAUCAUCAUCAUCAUCAACAUCAUUGCGCUCGUGAUUGGGAUCGCUAGAACGAUUUACAGUGUGAUUCCUCAAUGGAAUAAGCUCUUUGGAGGAGCAUUCUUCAGCUUCUGGGUGCUGACUCACUAUUAUCCGUUUAUGAAGGGUUUGAUGGGGAGGAAAGGUAGGCUUCCCACCAUUAUAUAUGUCUGGUCUGGACUUAUUUCCAUCACUGUCUCCUUGUUGUGGAUCGUCAUCAGCCCUCCUGAAGGAACCAUCAACUCCGACGCCGCCGAGCUCAAGUUUUGAUCAGAUGAAUAAUCUUAACUCUGAUAUAUCAAGAAAUUUAGUAGGUUUAGUUUGUAUUGUUGUCCCUCAAAGCUAGGGUGCAUGCAAAGUAGGGUUAGGAAAAUGAGGGGUUUGUAGUGAAGGUGCAAUUGUGGUUUAAUUGGUUAGAAUUUGUGUGAAAUGUUUUGUUGUAAUGUGUUUAAACAUGUAUUGAAAUUAAAGAAGAAAGUGUGAUUUGCACUCAAUGUAAUAUGCCAUGUUAGUAAAUAGAUAUUUGGAUGUGCGUAUACCAUAUAUGCAUAUGAGAAAAUUAAACAAAAACUUGUUAUUUGUGUGGUCA